GCGUGCCUGGUAAAAUUCCUUGCAUUUCGAUGCAACCCUGGCAGAUAGCGCUGAUGGCGAUCUGAAAAUCGUCCAUCUUUGUUUUUGUACAGGAACCAACGUGAAGUGAAGUGUAAAUCGUCGAGAAAUGGACACCGACACGGCCGUAGUAAAAACCCCCAAGAGGAAGCGUGCGAUCAAGCACUCAAUCGCCGUCGGAUUAAACAAAGGUCACAAAGUAACUAAAAUUCAGUAUGCAAAAUCCAGGCAUGAGAAAACAAAGAAAAUUCUUCCAUCCAGGUUUAAGGGAAUGCAAACCAAACAUUCCAAAUUUAUCAGAGAUUUAAUCCGAGAAGUAACUGGUCAUGCUCCUUAUGAAAAGCGGGCAAUGGAAUUGUUGAAAAUCUCCAAAGAAAAGCGGUGUUUGAAAUUCUUGAAGAGACGAUUGGGCACACACAUCAGAGCAAAGAAGAAGCGUGAAGAACUCAGCAACAUCUUGAUCGCCAUGAGGAAAGCUCAAGCACACAAAAACUAAUCUGACUUCCUUGUUGUGAAUUUUUAUACCUUAAGGACUCAAAUAAAAUUGUUUAAAUUUUUACAA